AUGUUAUUUUGAACAGAACUGAAUGAUAUAAGUAACGCAUAAUUGCAAUUGGAUUCUCAGUUCUUGUGCCACACUCGAAUCAAGAAGAAAAUUACAGUGAGGUUUUGUCUGUUUGAGUGUUUGAGCCAUUUCCCUGAGAACAGCUUUAUUUUGAAGAUGCUGUCACGCCAAACACGAAUUGGAUGUAUGCUGAAUGUUCUUAUUGCUUUAAUGCCAAUUGUCAUGGUGUUCGGUCUGACUACCAACGGACAUGAGCCUAAUAGACAAUUCGAUAUUGAUGUGGAUGAGAUCAUUGAUUUUAAUCCAAUUGAAAUAACUUUGACAAAAUUGUCCAAGGAGAAUCGUAAUUCUACUGCUGUAUUCAAUGGAAUUCACGACCUCUUUUUGGGUGCAAUAGGCCAUAGAGAUAGCAAACUACUAGAUGUAACUCUCUACGCUCCACGCCGGAGAUUCCGUCAAGUUAAGAAGACCAUCCGCUACCCGCACCACUCAUCACAAAACAGGAGAAAUAUCACAGCCAUCAGAGCGCUGGACUUAAGUCACAAUGGAACUGGUGGUUAUCCUAGACUUACAGCGGGAGGCAUCGGCUACAAGUACGCUUAUUUGACCAUUACAUCUCAAUGGAGCCAGGGACUGUAUUAUCGAUUGGAAAUUUGGGGACGUUGAGAAUUUACUUCAAGUUAAAAAAUUGUAUUAAUAUAAUAAUAUUGAGUCACCUGGCUGGCUCAGGUAAUAUAAGUUGUGAUAUAAAAAUAUAAUAUGGAAAUUGACAUACGAAUUAUAUAAUAUAGUCAUAUAAUAGACAUAUUGAUGUCAUCAUAAUGGAAAAUCUUGAAUAAAAAUUUGAGGAAAUUCUGUUUA